ACCACGAUGUCCUUCUAGUUCAACACCCUAGUAUCUCUCUUCUCCUCUCCAUUCUUCCCGAACCUUGCUCCUUCUGCUUCUCUUCUCCCCCAAAUCGAAACGCCACCGUUUUUCACACAUCCCAAGUUUUCAGAUACAGCUAGGUUUCAGAAACAGAGGAGCUUCAAAUCCACAAAGGGGAUAUGGCACUGAGACGUCUGCUGACUCAGGUAUCAAGGCAUAGAUCAGAGUUGGGACAGCUGAACAAAGUCGUUGCCAGAACAUAUUUUCCAGUCAACAGGGUUGCAGGAGGUGCUGGAGGGAAUACAGUUUUUAAUACUCAAGAGAGGUUUCAGUCAAGCUAUGUGCGCAGUUUUGCUCGCAGAGCACGUGAACUUGAUGAAGUUAAUGAACUUGCCUAUCUAAAAGAACUGUCCAUGCGGAAUGACCCUGAAGAAGUGAUACGAUUAUUUGAAAGUACACCAUCAUUGCAUUCCAACUCUUCAGCGCUUUCAGAAUAUGUGAAAUCAUUGGUAAAAGUUGGCAGGCUGGAUGAGAGUGAGUUACUGAAGACAUUGCAGAGAGGUGUAGCCAACUCUGCAAGGGAGGACGAAAACGUGGGCAGCUUCUCAGUUCUUAGGAAUGUUGGAAAGUCUACGAAAGAUGGUGUUUUGGGAACUGCAAGUGCACCUAUUCAUAUGGUGGCUAGAGAAGGAGGUCAUUUUAAAGAGCAGCUGUGGCGAACCGUUCGCACAAUUGCACUAGCCUUUCUUUUAAUAUCUGGUGUGGGAGCACUGAUUGAAGAUAGAGGAAUAAGCAAAGGACUUGGACUAAAUGAAGAGGUUCAACCUAGCAUGGAAUCUAGCACAAAGUUUACUGACGUGAAGGGAGUUGAUGAGGCUAAGGCAGAGCUAGAAGAAAUUGUACACUAUCUCCGAGAUCCUAAGCGUUUCACUCGUCUUGGGGGCAAGCUUCCAAAGGGUGUUUUGCUGGUUGGCCCACCUGGCACUGGCAAGACGAUGUUAGCAAGAGCAAUUGCUGGAGAAGCAGGGGUACCUUUCUUUUCAUGCAGCGGCAGUGAAUUUGAAGAGAUGUUUGUUGGUGUUGGAGCUCGAAGGGUGAGGGAUCUCUUUGCAGCUGCAAAGAAGCGGUCACCAUGUAUAAUUUUUAUUGAUGAGAUUGAUGCAAUAGGAGGAAGUCGCAACCCAAAGGAUCAGCAAUACAUGAAGAUGACUCUGAAUCAGUUACUUGUUGAACUUGAUGGUUUUAAGCAAAAUGAAGGAAUUAUUGUUAUUGCUGCUACCAAUUUCCCAGAGUCGCUGGACAAGGCAUUGGUGAGACCUGGACGGUUUGAUCGCCACAUUGUUGUUCCCAAUCCUGACGUUGAAGGGCGGAGGCAGAUUAUGGAAGUCCAUAUGUCAAAGGUUCUGAAAGCUGAUGAUGUUGAUCUGAUGAUCAUUGCUAGAGGAACUCCUGGGUUCUCUGGUGCCGAUCUUGCCAACUUAAUCAACGUAGCUGCUCUGAAGGCUGCCAUGGAUGGUGCUAAGGCAGUGAAUAUGGCUGAUCUGGAGUAUGCAAAAGACAAGAUUAUGAUGGGAAGUGAACGAAAGUCGGCUGUUAUAUCUGAUGAGUCACGAAAGCUAACAGCUUUUCAUGAGGGCGGCCAUGCACUUGUGGCUAUCCACACUGACGGUGCGCAUCCAGUUCACAAGGCAACAAUAGUUCCCCGUGGUAUGGCACUUGGCAUGGUUGCCCAGUUGCCCGAGAAAGAUGAGACAAGUGUCUCACGGAAACAGAUGCUUGCGCGGCUUGACGUUUGCAUGGGGGGAAGGGUUGCAGAAGAGCUCAUAUUUGGUGAAAGCGAAGUUACUUCAGGUGCUUCUGAUGAUCUCCGGCAAGCUACUUCUCUUGCCAGAGCAAUGGUUACCAAGUAUGGCAUGAGCAAAGAAGUGGGGCUUGUUACUCACAAUUAUGAUGACAAUGGGAAGAGCAUGAGCACAGAAACUAGGCUGCUUAUUGAAGAAGAAGUGAGGCGCCUCUUGGAAACGGCUUACAACAAUGCAAAGAAUAUACUUACCACUCAUCACAAGGAGCUCCAUGCUCUCGCUAAUGCCUUGCUGGAGAAAGAGACGCUCACUGGAAAACAGAUCAAGGCCUUGCUUGCUAACUUGAACUCUCAGCAAAAUCAACAACCGCAACAGCAAGUCAUUGCGGAAAAGAGUAGUUCACAGUCAAACCCAGUGCCUCCUCCAUCAACACCCAAUGCAGCUCAGUCUGCUGCUGCUGCAGCAGCCGCGGCGGCGGCGGCAGCAACCGCUGCUGCCAAAUCAAAAGGCAUGGCUCCUGCGUCUUAGCAUGAGUGAGGUAUUGAUCAGGUAUUGAUGUGCAUAGAGUAUAACUACUUACCAGCCGUUCUGUAUGGUACCAUCGAAUGGUGCCAGUGAGGAUUAAAUUAUGUAUUGCCAUUGUCAGAUUGACUGGGAGUUGUAGUAGAGUUAACUGGCAAGUGAAUGUAGGCCUUCUGAUCAAGGCAUAGAUGGACAUUCCGGUCUAUUUUUGAUUCUUGCUUCCAUUUUCGAAUUUUGUUCUUCAAGGUUCUUGUUUAUACUAUAAAGGAAUAAUUCAUUGUCAAUGUAUGCUCAGUUUCUGGUUUCAGAUGCUCAGUUUUUUGUCU